UGCUCGCAAGAUGGCGGACGAGGACGGGGACGGGAUUCACCCCUCAGCCCCUCACAGGAACGGAGGUGGCGGCGGCAGUGGGGGGUCUGGGUUCUACUGCGCCGGGAACGGCGGCGGAGGAGGCGGCGGCCCGCGGGUCGUGCGCAUCGUCAAGUCCGAGUCCGGUUACGGCUUCAACGUGCGGGGCCAAGUGAGCGAGGGCGGGCAACUGCGGAGCAUCAACGGGGAGCUGUACGCGCCGCUGCAGCAUGUGAGCGCCGUGCUGCCCGGGGGGGCGGCCGAUCGCGCCGGGGUGCGCAAGGGGGACCGCAUCCUGGAGGUGAACGGCGUGAAUGUUGAGGGGGCGACACACAAGCAGGUGGUGGACCUGAUCCGAGCAGGCGAGAAGGAGUUGAUCUUGACAGUGUUAUCUGUUCCUCCUCAUGAGGCAGAUAACCUAGAUCCCAGUGACGACUCGUUGGGACAAUCAUUUUAUGAUUACACAGAAAAGCAAGCAGUGCCCAUAUCGGUCCCCACAUACAAACAUGUGGAGCAGAAUGGUGAGAAGUUUGUGGUAUACAAUGUUUACAUGGCAGGGAGGCAGCUAUGUUCUAAGCGGUACCGGGAGUUUGCUAUCCUACACCAGAACCUGAAGAGAGAGUUUGCCAACUUUACAUUUCCCCGUCUUCCAGGAAAGUGGCCCUUCUCAUUAUCAGAACAACAAUUAGAUACCCGGCGUCGGGGUUUGGAAGAAUAUCUAGAAAAAGUGUGUUCAAUACGAGUCAUUGGUGAGAGUGAUAUCAUGCAGGAAUUCCUGUCAGAAUCAGAUGAGAACUAUAACGGUGUGUCCGAUGUAGAGCUGAGAGUAGCAUUACCAGAUGGAACAACAGUUACAGUCAGGGUUAAAAAGAAUAGUACUACAGACCAAGUAUAUCAGUUGGUACGCAAGCUGGCCCCUAAUGAAUUUCCUCAUAAACUCUACGUUCAGAAUUAUACAUCAGCUGUGCCAGGCACCUGUUUGACCAUUCGAAAGUGGCUUUUUACAACAGAAGAAGAAAUCCUCUUAAAUGACAAUGACCUUGCUGUUACCUAUUUCUUUCAUCAGGCUGUCGACGAUGUGAAGAAAGGUUACAUCAAAGCAGAGGAAAAGUCCUACCAGUUACAGAAGCUAUACGAACAAAGGAAAAUGGUCAUGUACCUCAACAUGCUAAGGACUUGUGAGGGCUACAAUGAAAUCAUCUUCCCCCACUGUGCCUGCGACUCCAGGAGGAAGGGGCACGUUAUCACAGCCAUCAGCAUCACGCACUUUAAACUCCAUGCCUGCACUGAGGAAGGACAGCUGGAGAACCAGGUAAUAGCAUUUGAAUGGGACGAGAUGCAGCGAUGGGAUACAGAUGAAGAAGGGAUGGCCUUCUGUUUUGAAUAUGCACGAGGAGAGAAGAAGCCCCGAUGGGUUAAAAUCUUCACACCAUAUUUCAAUUACAUGCAUGAGUGCUUCGAGAGGGUGUUCUGCGAGCUCAAGUGGAGAAAAGAGAACAUAUUCCAGAUGGCGAGGUCACAGCAGAGGGAUGUGGCCACCUAGCCUUUCCUUAUCCCUUUCCCUUCUCUUCGCCCUCAUCCCCUUAUCCCUUUCAUCUCCCAUGUCAGACAGAGUAAUCAUUAACACAAAAGAAGAGAAAAAGGAAACAAGUCAUUAUGUUCAAGAGCCCUAAACUAAAUCUUAUUAAUAACACCCCCUGAA